GGAUAUACAACAUAGCGCAGUUUUUUAGGUUUAGAUUCCAGGAAAUGCCCGAAGAUCAAGAACAAAAAGAGGGAGAGGCACUGUACAAGAUUGUGGAAAGCUUUUUUGACAAGCCCAUCUCGAUCGAAAAGGAUCAAAAGACCAUCGAGAUCAAUGUUUCUCCCAUACUUGUUGAUGAUCUCCCACGAAUCCAACGGAGCCAAUGUUUGUCCCUUGUUAACGAGAACCUGGGUGCUACACUGGCCUGUGUAUUUGGAAAACACUGGAAAAGAAUGAAAUCGGAAGAGAUGUGUGACCCUGGAUUGGUGUAUCUUUUACUUCAUCACGAUACAGAGUUUGUAGGGUUUGUUUCCAUCAAAGCGGUCGAAGACAAUGAAUGUCAUGUACUGUACAUCUACGAAGUACAGAUCGUGAAAAACUACCGACGUUUGGGACUGGGCACAAAGCUAUUGGGGAUGUUGGACCACAUCGUGGGACUUGUCAAUUCGGAUCCUGCAUACACCCAAGAUUUCGGCAAAUUGGAAGGGCUUUCGCUCACAGUCUUCAGCAGUAACGAAGGAGCGAAAAAACUGUACUUUUCAAAAGGUUACGAAUUCGCGUCGCAUUCACCUGAAAUCAGAUAUUUGCGAAACCGGAAAAUUGAGCCCGAUUAUUUUAUCUUGGUGAAAAAGAAUUUUUAGAGGCUUUAUCGAAAAUGAUCAUUCUCAGCGAUAAGCUUAUAAAACAACUGUUAUACGGACUGAAAGCUCCACAAAUCCAGGAAUUCCAGACGGUGCUUGCAAAUUCUCUGAUCGACUACCAGAACGACCAUUCCUUAAUUCCCCCGAGAAUAGUUACAACUACUCCCUAUGCAACGCAUCUGUUUAUGGCUUCGACCGGCAAGAUUGUUGGAAUGAAAGCUUUAACAGGUUCCAAACGGGGGUUUACAGGGGUGACUACGAUAUUGGACAAGGAAGUCGGUUUUCCCACUGGUAUUCUUAACGCUGCUACCUUGACUGCUUUUAGAACUGCGCUUUGCACCAGUCUUGCUCUGGUCAAAACUUUCCCUAUUGGAUCUGUUGGAGCUUUUAAGGAAACACUCAUUUGCGUCGGAGUCGGUGCUCAAGGAAGAUGGCACACGAGAUUGGCUUUGAUUUUGUACCCUCAACGCUUCGAUAACGUGAUUUUUAUCAACAGAUCUAUUGAUAAAGCUGAGGAAAUCGCUAGCGAGUUCCAGUCGGAAUUUCCGUCGAUAAAAUUCCAGGGAGCAAAGUCUGAUAGCAAGGAUCUGAAAAGCUUCUUUGAAAAGGCAUCAUGCAUAUUCACCUGUAUUCCAAGCACGGAACCUACCAUUCUCAAAGACUACGUGGUCAAUAACUCUGUCGAAAAAGUGUUUGUCGGAGCUAUUGGAUCGUACAAGCCACACAUGAUCGAGAUCGAGGGAGAACUGCUCAAAUUUUCCCUUUCGUCAGAUACGAAAAUCCUUGUUGACUCGAUUGGCCACUGUUUGGAAGAGGCCGGCGAAUUUAUCCAAAAUGAUAUUGGGGCAUCUUCCUUAAUUGAGAUAUCGGAGCUUUACGCGGAUUCUGAAAAGGGUCGGGAGCAACUGGAAAAAAUGGCCGCUUCUAAAGUUGUCAUUUCCAAAAUUGUUGGCCUGUGUAUCAUGGACGUCUCAGUCGGUGCCCAAGUGGUCGAGAAGGCCAAGGAACAGAACAUUGGUGUCGUUCUAGAUGAGUUCUAGAUAAAAACAAAUAGACGCGUCUAUCGACGUGGGGUUUUGGUACAACUUCGUCCAAAAAAAUACCAAAUAUUUUUC